AUGGAGGACGUAGAGCAGGCAGAGCAUGUGCGCUCCUUCGUGAAGCUCGCAAACCUCACACAGACGUCCCAGUUGCACGAAUGGAACCUCGAGUCCCUUCAUAGAGCACUGCAAUGGGCAUAUGCAGCUGAAGAUGCAGUGAGUGGUAGUGACUACUCGCAGCAGGACGUUGAGAUGCGCAUCCGUCAGUGGUUCCCAGUCGCCACUUUGCCUACACUAUCGGUAGGCGAAGCAUUGACGGCAAACGCACUUCGCCACGCACGAAUCCAUUUGUUGCGAUCAACUCUACAGAGUCCGUUCCUACCUUCACAUCCAACACCGUCGGAAUUGCUAAUUGCAGUACUCGAAGAGCUGCGAAGAACACGUGAGGAGGACUCGUUUUCCAAUGCUUUCAUUGAAGACCAUUCGCUUACUAGGUAA